GAGGCGGAACGUCGUGGCGCCGGGGCCCGGCUUCCGCGCAGCAGCCGAGCCGCUUUGGCAGGCGGCCCCGGGGACCCGGAGCGCCGGCGCGGACGGACCGCAGAGGUUGUUUGAAGGCCGCGGCGGACAUGGCGGCUCUGGCGGCUCCCCGCCUGCUCCGCCCGAUCCUGGCUCUGCGCUCCGGUGUGGGCGUGGCUACGCAGGUGCGUGGUGUCCACUCGAGUGUGGCCGCUGACAGCCCCAGCAGCACCCAGCCCGCUGCGUCCACGGCUGGAGCUGUGCUCCCCAAAUCUGCCGCCCUUCCCAGCAGCCGGGGCGAGUAUGUGGUGGCCAAGCUCGAUGACCUCGUCAACUGGGCCCGCCGGAGCUCCCUGUGGCCCAUGACCUUCGGCCUGGCCUGCUGCGCGGUGGAGAUGAUGCACAUGGCCGCGCCGCGCUACGACAUGGACCGCUUCGGCGUGGUCUUCCGCGCCAGCCCGCGCCAGUCCGACGUGAUGAUCGUGGCCGGCACGCUCACCAACAAGAUGGCCCCCGCGCUCCGCAAGGUGUACGACCAGAUGCCCGAGCCGCGCUACGUCGUGUCCAUGGGGAGCUGUGCCAACGGAGGAGGCUACUACCACUACUCGUACUCCGUGGUGAGGGGCUGUGACCGCAUCGUGCCCGUGGACAUCUACGUCCCAGGCUGCCCGCCCACGGCCGAGGCGCUGCUGUACGGCAUUCUGCAGCUGCAGAGGAAGAUCAAGCGGGAGAAGAAGCUGAGGAUUUGGUACCGCAGGUAGCGCGGCCCGGCUCCGGCCCGCUCCGGCUCCCGCGGCUCCUGCCGCCUGCCCCCCCCACCCCACUCUGGUCAAUAAACAGAACUCCG